UUUACCAUUUUUUAUAAAAUUUAAAUUACAUUUUCAUACGUGUGCAGUACAUGAUUAUCUUAUGAUAAUCUCGCGAGAUCACGUGUUUGUUUAUGCUACCAGUAACUAGCGUUUAGCCUUGUCAAAUAUUGAUAUGGCUGCUUUUGAACUAUUAACUGAGACGGAAAAGCCACGACAUCAUCCAUUCUUGAUUGGUGUCAGCGGGGGAACAGCUAGCGGCAAGUCAACAGUCUGUGCCAAAAUUAUGGAGCUUUUGGGCCAGAAUAAAGUGGACCACCACCAAAGAAAGGUUGCCAUCAUAAGCCAAGAGAGCUUCUACAAAAUACUCACUCCUGAGCAAAAAGCCAAGGCUCUUAGAGGGCAGUACAACUUUGAUCAUCCAGAGGCCUUCGAUACUGAAUUAAUGUACCAAACACUGAAAGACAUCGUGGAGGGCAGAGUUGUUGAAGUCCCAACAUAUGACUGUGUAACUCAUUCCAGACUUCCAGAGAGCGUUACCUUUUACCCUGCAGAUGUAGUCUUAUUUGAGGGCAUCCUAGUUUUUUACCCGCUAAAAGUGAGAGAGAUGUUCCAUAUGAAGCUCUUCGUGGACACCGAUUCAGAUGUCAGACUGUCCCGCAGAGUUCUACGAGAUGUAAAUCGUGGAAGAGACCUAGAGCAAAUUCUCACUCAGUACACAACAUUUGUCAAGCCUGCAUUUGAGGAGUUCUGUCUUCCUACAAAAAAAUAUGCAGAUGUUAUAAUCCCGAGAGGCGUUGAUAAUAUGGUGGCAAUUAACUUGAUUGUCCAGCACAUUCAAGAUAUUUUGAAUGGUGACAUCUGCAAAUGGCAACGCACAUCUAUCAGUGGUCGUGGAUUUAAGAGGGCAGUUUCAGAGCAGGGCAACCUACAGAAUGGCAUUGCUAAUCCUCCAGGAAAAAGGAUCUUGUUGGAACCCAGCAGCAGACCUCACUGAGAAAUGGGAUGCAGAUCAUUCAGCUAUGUAAGCAGAGGUGGGUAGUGUAGCCAAAAAAAAAAACAUACCUGGGCUAUAUAUUUAUAAAGGGUGGUACUAUUGAAAUGCCACGCUACCAUUUUAGUGUGUUCAGGCAGACAAAAUAUAAAAUACCACACUGUCUAAUUUGUUUUCAUGGUACAUGAAUAUCAUUGUUAAAAAUAUUUUUAAAGAUUUAGGUACAAUGAAACCCAAACAUUCAUAAUUAUGUUAUUACAAUAGACUUAACAGUACUCUCAUUUGAGUAACUCCUUUAAUAAUAAUGCUAGCAUUCAAAUAAAAAGUGUGAUGAAUCUACCAAAGUUCACUUUCUUUUAAGUUAAAAAACUCAUUAGCCUCCACCUCUGUGUAUAAGCAAGUGUGACUGCUGCAGAUUUGUGGGUUAGUUAGUUUUUCCUAACCAUCCAAGUGUGCAUUUUAAUGUCAGAAAUGUUGAUUUUAGCAGUCUUCCAUUUCUACUGUAAUGAUUGAUGACUUGCUGCUGAAUUUUAUGUUUAUAUGUACUAUAUUUAAAUAUUUAAUACACACUAUAUUUCUCCUGUA